CACGACAAGAAGACUGUGGAAUCGGAAGAGAAGGAGGACAAAAAAGAGAAGAAGGAGUCAAAGGAGGACAAAAAUAAGAAGAAGAAUGAGGAAAAGGAAACCAAAGAAGAAAAGGAAUCAGAGAAGAAGGAUAAGAAAGAGAAAGAAGUAGAGAAGAAAGACGACAAGAAAGAGAAGAAAGAGGACAAGAAAGAGAAGAAGGAAGACAAGAAAGACAAGACCGAAGAUAAGAAGAAGGAGAAAGAUGAUAAGAAGGGAAAAGCAUCGGAAAAGAAGGAGGAUAAGAAAGGAAAAACGGACGACAGCAAAAAGAAGAAAACCCAGGACAGUAAAAAGGAUGAUAAGAAAAAG